UUAGGUACUUCAGCAAGUGACAUUCAUUUUCAAGCUGACUUGUUAGAUGGCCUGAUGAGGUGGAAUUCUGAUCAUGCUUCUGCUGCAGUUUCAAGUACUGAAUUAGGACCAGAAAGCUACAGUGGAUUAUUAAUACAUGCUGUGAAUGAGCUAAGUGAAGAUGUCCUUGGUAAGAAAAUCAAGCCCAAUGUUCAGAAUAUUGGAAUCUAUACAGGUGAAAUGAUAGGAGUAGAGUAUCUCUUCAAUCAGACUGGUGAGAUUCUCAAGGACAACACCCUAGAAGAUGAAGAUAUGAUGCCACAGGGGGAAGAACCUCUUUCAGAUGUUAACCUAGACUAAAUAGAUGAAGGAUUUAAUGAAGAUGAAGAUGAGACAAUUGUACCUGCAGAGCAGGUGUUUACUGUGCCUUUGGGUAGUGAAAGAGGUAAGUGUGCAUUGUCCACAAAAUCUGCCUUUCCCGAAUUUUUAACUGAAAAUGUCAAUUUUCAUUUAGACUUAGAUGCUGCCAUUACUUCUGAUGAAGACUCUGCUGAGCUUGUUGGAAGUGAUGCAGAGGUAAGUUUUUAGUAUUAUAUUGUAGUACUUUAUAUAAGGAUUCAGAAAGUAAACUCUGAAUUAUAUUUGUCCAUAGGACUCUGCUGGGCCUGACAAUAUUCAGGGAUAUGGAGAAGUCCAGGCUUUAGCAACAUAUUUGGUUUCUGUGAGAGAGGGAAAUAUGGCCUUGUCCAAUACACAAGCCAAAGAAAUCAUCAGACUGUGGAAAAGCCUUCACGAAUAUGACCAACAACCAACAACAUUUGCUCCACGACACUGCACUACACUGGUGAAGGGAAAGUUUAAAGCUCCAAAGAGAAGAAGUACCAAUAUUGUACCAGGGCUGGGCAGUAGGUGAGCUUCUGUACGGCUAAUGUUGUACAUAUGACACAUGACUCUUUUUUCAUUUAAUAUGGUUUUAUCUUUCUUUAAGAUGUUUUCUAGGCUCCAACAGUGUUCCAGUCCAAUGGCCAGAUUGUUACAGGUACACAGAGGCAAUAAUAUCUGAACCGUGUAAUCUACAUUCUGGGCCAGAGAAAUUAAAGAAAAAAACAACAAACCAUUGGUCUCUUUUGUAAAGACUACAGAGGCAUACAAGAACGUGUUAUGAACAAUAGCAUGGUGAUGAGAGAGACACAGAUUCAGCUACCAGAUAUAAACCAAACAACACUA